GUUACUCUUGAAACGUCAUCACAACGCGCCUUUGUUGUUGGACGGCUGCAAAGCCCCGCUGCCCGUACUCGUCGCAACUAGUUUUCACCAAGAAGACGGCCAGAUAGAGUUCCACCAUGAGCGUGGGUAGUGUUUAACAUCCGUGAAGUAUCCCAAAAGUGGGAUUAGAAGCAAGUCACGUCGGAGAAGAAGUCCCCUUUUUCUCGAGGAAGUUUGACGGCGCAUAGAGAGAGGACACAUGUCGUCUGCCGCAGAGACUGUGGAAAAUGCUUCCAUCAUCUCCGAGAGUGGCACCCAUGACGGGAACCGUCUGUGGAUAGGCAACAUCGACCCCAAAAUCACAGAGUAUCACCUGGUGAAGCUGCUGGAGAAGUUUGGAAAUGUCAAGCAGUUUGACUUCCUCUUCCAUAAGUCUGGGCCGCUGGAGGGGCAGCCACGUGGUUACUGCUUUGUCAACUUCAACACCAGAGAGGAGGCCGAAAGGGCCAUCCAGUGCUUGAACGGCAAGCUGGCGCUGUCCAAGAAGCUGGUGGUGCGCUGGGCGCACGCGCAGGUAAGGAGGUUUGAAGGUUUCCGUAACGACAAGACCAUGCCUUCCAGCUUGGAGCCGUCGAGCAGCGGGGCGGCGGCGGACGGAGCGCUGGCGACAAACCACCUCAGUACGAGCGCUAAGAUCCGCGCCAUCGAGGCCAAGCUGCAGAUGAUGGAGGAGAAUCCGGAUGAUGAUCUAUCAGGACCGUCUGCCUACGUCUACAACAAGCCUCCCGAGAGGAAGCGCUGGGAGCCCUACUCUAAAUCUCACAGCAGACCCUUUCGCAGGUUUAGGAGAUGACCCCAUCCCCCGCCCGCCAAAUGCUGGCUCUUAUUGAGAGACUUUAUUGCCAGCUUGUAUGUGCGAGUGUUUACAGCUGGGGCUGUUUGCAGACAUGCUAGGGGGCGCUAUCACCGCACGUAAACUAGGCGAGGGAUAUUGUAGGUACCCAAGCCUCUACUUCUCAGGCACCCACCCAGUCCUAUGUCAAGUCCGAGCCUGCACUCGCCCAUCACUUCAGCAGCACUGAGAGCAGACUGCCUCUCGGCCAGGGGGUGUCCAAAGUGCAUUUUUUAUUGGCCCUGGACAGAUCGUAAAAAUAAAAGUCAUUUAUUAUUAUUGAAAUAUGUUUGAGGUAGUGCUGUCAAUUAAUUUUCAAAAUCAAAUUAAUCACACUUAAUUGGUCUAUUUGUGUUUUAUUUUUUUACAUGUCCUGUCCAGCCACUCAAGCAAAUCAUACUUUUGAUAAAAUGCAUUCAUUAUUAUUGAGAUAUGUUAUACAAAUUGCUGUCAAUUAUUUUUUUAAUCAGGUUAAUCACACUUUAAUUUUUUUAAUUAAUUUUUUAUAACAUGUCCUGUCCAGCCACUCAGGCAAGUCAUAAUAAUAAUAAUAAUAAUAAAUGUUAUUUGGUAUAGCACUUUUCAAGACGUUUUACAGUAUAAAAAAUUAAAAUAUAAAACAGUAAUAUCAUAUUGUUGAUCAUAUGCUUUUAUUAGUAUUAUUAAGAUAUGUUAUACGUAUUGCGACCCCAUAAGGGACAAGCGGUAGAUAAUGGAUGGAUGGAUACGUAUUGCUGUCAAUUAUUUUUUCAAAUCUGAUUAAUCACACUUCUGAAUUUUUUUUUAUUUUAUAAAACAUGUCCUGUCCAGCCACUCAGGCAAAUCAUAUUGUUGAUAAAGUGCUUUUAUUAUUAUUGAAAUAUGUUACAAUAGUGCUUUAAAAAAAUCUGAUUAAUCACAUUUUAUUGUAUUUUAUUUGUACAUGUCCUUUUCAGCCACUCAGAAAAAUCAUAUUGUUGAUAAAAUGCAUUUAUUACUAUUGACAUAUGUUAUACGUAUUGCUGUCAACUAUUUUUUUUUAAAUCAGAUUAAUCACCCUUUUUUUUUUUAAAUAUGUCUU